GCUGGGAAGCGGCGCCAUGUUGGCGUCGUCCGCGCUGUAUUGUCAUAAAAAGAGCCGGUUAUGUGGUGUUUUCACUACUCGGUUGGAUGCCUCGGCCACAGUGAGUGAGGAAGAGAGCGAGCAAGCGAGCUACAAGCGACCGGAGGAGAGUGGAGUAGCGGAAAGGGAAAGAACGAGUGCGGUACUCCAGAGCGAGAGACACUCGCCUGUGAGGGAGACGCAGGAAGCGAUGAAAGAAACGUCUGCAAACACCGUGUUGGACAGCCAGCGUCAACAAAAGCAUUAUGGAAUCACCUCUCCAAUUAGCUUGGCAUGUCCUAAAGAAAUUGAUCACAUUUACACACAGAAAUUAAUUGAUGCUAUGAAACCAUUUGGAGUAUUUGAAGAUGAGGAAGAAUUGAACCACAGGCUGGUUGUUCUUGGUAAAUUGAACAAUUUAGUAAAAGAAUGGAUUUCCGAUGUUAGUGAGAGUAAGAAUCUCCCACCUUCUGUUGUGGCUACUGUUGGUGGUAAAAUUUUCACAUUUGGCUCCUAUAGGCUUGGAGUACACACCAAAGGAGCUGACAUUGAUGCACUUUGUGUAGCUCCAAGACAUGUGGAGAGGUCUGAUUUUUUUCAGUCUUUUUUUGAAAAAUUGAAACAUCAAGAUGGCAUUAGAAAUUUAAGAGCUGUAGAAGAUGCCUUUGUACCUGUUAUAAAAUUUGAAUUUGAUGGAAUUGAAAUUGAUCUAGUCUUUGCAAGACUGGCAAUACAAACCAUAUCAGAUAAUUUAGAUCUAAGAGACGACUCUCGACUGAGAAGCCUUGAUAUAAGGUGUAUUCGCAGCCUAAAUGGAUGUAGAGUUACUGAUGAAAUUUUGCAUUUAGUGCCAAAUAAAGAAACUUUUAGACUCACCCUAAGAGCAGUCAAAUUAUGGGCAAAACGACGUGGUAUUUAUUCCAACAUGCUGGGAUUCCUUGGUGGUGUCUCUUGGGCAAUGCUAGUUGCAAGAACUUGCCAAUUAUAUCCAAAUGCAGCAGCCUCUACUUUAGUUCAUAAGUUCUUUUUAGUUUUUUCUAAGUGGGAAUGGCCAAAUCCUGUGCUGCUGAAACAACCAGAAGAAAGCAAUUUGAAUUUGCCUGUUUGGGAUCCUCGGGUAAAUCCAUCAGAUAGGUAUCAUCUCAUGCCCAUAAUCACCCCUGCCUACCCACAACAGAAUUCUACGUAUAAUGUGUCCACAUCAACUCGAACAGUAAUGGUAGAAGAAUUUAAACAAGGUCUCACAGUCACAGGUGAAAUUCUUCAAGGGAAAUCGGAUUGGUCCAAACUACUUGAGCCACCAAAUUUUUUUCAAAAGUAUAGACAUUAUAUAGUAUUGACUGCCAGUGCAUCAACAGAAGAAAACCAUCUAGAGUGGGUUGGAUUAGUAGAAUCUAAAAUUCGUGUACUUGUUGGAAAUUUGGAACGGAAUGAAUUUAUUACUCUUGCCCAUGUAAAUCCCCAGUCAUUCCCAGGAAGUAAGGAACAUUAUAAAGACAAUAAUUACGUAUCAAUGUGGUUCCUCGGAAUAAUUUUUCGAAGAGUAGAAAAUGCAGAAAGUGUUAACAUAGACUUGACAUAUGAUAUACAGUCAUUUACUGAUACAGUGUACAGACAAGCAAAUAAUAUAAACAUGCUAAAGGAGGGAAUGAAAAUUGAAGCAACUCAUGUUAAAAAAAAACAACUUCAUCACUAUCUUCCAGCAGAGAUUCUUCAAAAAAAGAAAAAGCAAAGUCUUUCUGAUGUCAGUCGAAGUUCAAGUGGAAUUCAAUCCAAAAGAUCAUCUCUGGAUAGCAGUUGUUUGGAUAGCUCCAGAGACACUGAUAAUGGAACACCUUUUAAUUCCCCAGUGACUACAAACAAACCUUCGAAGCUUGAUAUUUCUCCUUCAGGAGAAACAGAAAGGAAUAACGUUGAGCCUGCUGCUGUAAUUGUGGAAAAGCCACUAAGUGUUCCACCAGCUCAAGGACUAUCUAUUCCAGUCAUUGGUGCAAAAGUUGACUCUGUAGUAAAAGCUGUAUCACCCCCAGCUGUGUGCACUAUUCCUACUGUAGUAGGACGAAAUGUUAUUCCUAGGAUCACAACACCCCACAACCCUGUCCAGGGACAACCACAUCUAAAUGGAAUGGCAAAUAUAACAAAGAAUGUUGUGCCCAAGAGAUCCCACUCCCCAUCUAUAGAUGUAUCUUCAAAGAGGUUGAAAGAUAUAGAAAAGUUUAUUCGACUUGAAUCAAAGUUUAAGGAAUCGCGUGCUGCUGAAAACAGAAAAAGAAAAUCAGUGGAUGCCAUUGGGGGAGAAUGUAUGCCUAUUCCAACUAUUGAUACUUCACGCAAAAAGAGACUGCCCAGUAAAGAACUACCAGAUUCAUCAUCUCCAGUUCCAGCAAAUAACAUUCGUGUCAUCAAAAAUUCCAUUCGACUGACCCUUAAUCGAUGCUGUAGCAUCCUCUCAUUGAUUGCUACAUACACUUCUCUGAGGAUCACCUGCUGGCAAAUUGUCAUCUACCAUAUUAUGGCUUUGUGUUGGAGGUUUUACUGCCUUAACUUUUGAUGCAUAUUUCUCUAUUAUGGGAACCAGUUCUUGGCUCUUUGGACACUGAUAAAACAAGUCCUGCACUCCCCCCUUUCAUUUUGUCUUAUGUUGUAAUCAUUGUAUAGAAUUGAAAAAGUUGAAAAAAAAAAUUGUCUUGUAAUUUUCCAAAUGUUAACACAUUUACUUUAGCAUUGAAACCACUUUGUGAAAACUGAGAUAAAUUAAUGUGAGGUAUCUUUUCUGCUUUCCUCAUUUGUGUAGAUGUACUUAUUGUCUUCUGUUUGAUUUAACUUAUUUUUUCCAGAUUGGCACAUGAAAUAUUUAAUUUUUUUUUUGUGCCUUUCUGUUCAAGUGUUGCAUAGUUACUAGGGAGGAUUAGUCUAGUGAUUACAAAAGAGUUGGGCACCAUAAAUUCUCUAUAUUUUGCCUCCCAUGGAGGCCUUCAAAAUGCAUCUUUAUUAAGAAUCAAAAUAGAACCAGGAUACUAAAAAACAGUAUAUGAAUGGUGAAAUUGUUACAUAUCCUAUCUCAUGCCAUUCUUGUUAGCUGGCUGGUAUUUUUUACUGAGAAGCAACUCAUUCCAGCCUCAACAGUAAGAUACCUUUAAGUAUGGCAAACUUGUAUUUUUGAGGUGUAAAAUUAAAUUGGCAUGAUAAUUCCUGACUAUUACCCCACAACCUCACACAUUUUCUUCACAGACUAGGCAUGCAGAAAUAAGCAGUGGAUUUUAUUGAAACCUAAAGGCAUUUUUGAAUGACACUGUUACCAACAUUAAUUGGCUCAGGACCUUUGUAAUUUUUAUUUAACUAUAUGAGUUGUCUUUUUUUACACUGCUUUUUUCAACGCAUUUCGUAAUAUUUUUUAAGUUUCAUGAACCGCAUGCUCAGUUUAUUAAAAUCCAUAACCAUGUAAUUCUUGUAAUAUGUUGAUUCAGUGUUUUGUAAAUGAAGUCGUAUGUAUUUUCAGAGUAUUUUUGUAUGUACUGUAAGAUACCAUCUUUUCAAAGAGAAAACUUUAAAACCUUUACUGUCUCUCUUUAGUCUAAUUUUUUAAACAUGGAUUAUGCUUGAAUUAUUCUUGAAAUGAAAUGUAUAGAUUACACAGCCAGGAACGCUGGUAUAUAUUACCUUAUUCAGCUUUCACUCAGCAUUUAGUAGAUCCAGUAGGAAAAACACAAAGUGGUACAUUUGAAUAAUGCAGGGAAAAUAUUUGGUUAUGUAUUUUAUAGGACUUAUGGGACAGCUUUUAGCCAGUGAAGUAAUAGCAGUCCAUUUUGUGAGCCCUUUACCAUUUAUUGAAAUACUUGAAUUCUGAUUGUCAAAGAACAGUACUUCUCCUCCCACUCCUGUUCCAUGACCCAUAGGUCUCCGAAAUGAAAAUUCUAGGGUUUACUUGUACAAAGGAAAACUUCUUGGAAGUAAAGAAGAGCGAGGAAAAAUAAUGAUUUCAUUAUUCACCUUUUACAUAGCAGAAGACGAGAAUGAAAUUCCACAACCAAGUUGUAGCUUCCUUAGCAAGCUGUUCUGUUAGCUGAAC